AUGGAGAGCUAUACAGUUACAAAAACUACUAAUCACAGUCUUAUCCAUCGGGGUGCAGCUAAUACUCUUCGCAAUUUCGGUAGUAGUGGCAAACAUCGUCGAUCUGAAAAGCCUGUUAUUAGUGUGCUCAGUGAUUUUCACUUGGUGUCUUCAAUCCUCGAUGUUGAUAUCAUACCGUGGACUUUAAGAAGUGCCUUAGUUGAUCCAUUUCGGGAUGAGCGAGAUUCCGGUGAAAUUCUCUUCACGCCUAUUGCUCUUCUACUCGGCCUAAGCAUUCCUAUUUGGUGGCCGGAAAAUUUGAAGAAUACGGAUAUGACGGUCAGUAUUGGUCAUCUAUGCUAUGAAAUGCGUGUAAAACCGACGUCAUGGACAGGUAUAUUGUCCAUAGCUAUAGGUGAUAGUUUUGCUGCAUUAGUUGGAAAGGCUUAUGGUAAACGUCGCUGGCCUGGAUCACAUCGAACCUUGUUAGGAUCUUCAGCUUCCUUUCUAACGCAGAUUAUUGCCUGGACUGGUCUUUCCUAUUAUUAUUCUUGGCCGUGGACUUCAGGGUUGCUUCCACUGUUGUCUGGAGUUGUCGUUGAAGCGUACACGGAACAGAUUGAUAAUCUGGUUGUACCGCUUGUUGUAAUGUUCACUUUUCUGUAUGCCAAUACUAAUUAUAGCAGUUUCGUCUACAAUAUUAUCCCAUAG